GAAAGGCAUGGAUGUACUUCCGAUGUGCAGCAUCUUUCAGGAACUCCAAAUUGUGCACGACACGGGUUACUUCUCCGCUUUGCCGUCUCUGGAGGAAUACUGGCAACAGACCUGCUUAGAGCUGGAGCGAUAUCUUCAGAGUGAGCCCUGCUACGUGUCUGCCUCCGAGAUAAAAUUUGACAGUCAGGAGGAUUUGUGGACCAAAAUUAUUUUGGCACGAGAGAAAAAGGAGGAAUCUGAACUGAAGACAGCAAGUGCUCCAAAGGAAGACAACCUAAAUAGCCAGAGUUUAGAGACUAACAGUUUGAAUUCUGAUAUCAGUAGCGAAUCUUCAGACAGUUCCGAGGAACUUUCUCCUACAACAAAAUUUACCUCGGAUCUCAUAAGUGAUGUCUUAGGCUUGGCCAGUGCUGGAAACUUGAGUUCAUCUGUCACCUCCACUCCUCCUUCUUCCCCUGAGCUGGGCAAGGAGCCAUCUUCUCAACCAUGGAAUUGUGCCCCCAGUGAAUUGCAUUCACCUGGCAAAAUCCGUACUGGUACUGGUGGAAAGACUGUGGAAAAGGGUACCCUGGUCAGUGGAGAUGCCUCUCCUGAUGGGAGGAGGCGGGUUCAUCGGUGUCACUUCAAUGGGUGCAGGAAGGUUUAUACCAAAAGUUCACACCUGAAAGCACAUCAGCGUACCCAUACAGGAGAAAAGCCUUACAGAUGUUCAUGGGAGGGAUGUGAGUGGCGUUUUGCAAGGAGCGAUGAGCUCACGAGACAUUUCAGAAAGCACACGGGUGCAAAACCUUUUAAAUGUAAUCACUGUGACAGGUGCUUCUCCAGGUCUGAUCAUUUGGCUCUUCACAUGAAGAGGCAUCUCUGAAUGAGUGGAGAGCUUGAAUCCUGUGGGCUAAGAGGCUUCGAGGUCAAGCUGGCCUUGGAAGAAGGGAUGCGUAUUCCAGCCAAAGCAUGCCAUUUUGCACCCUAACUCAGUUGCCUCCAGGCCCUCUCUUCCUUGGAAGGUCUUCAGAGGGCUAGACAAGUCAUGUAAGAAACGGCUGCAGUGACCACAUGGUGCAGGUCUCCAGUCCUGGGGACCCAACCUUCCGAAUGGCUUCCGACACCUUCUGCCGUGAGCGCACUGAGAGUGUUAAUGAUUGGACGACUGUGUGUUAUGGAGGAUCUACUGGACGACUGUAUGCUGAGGCACAUUUAAAAAAAAAGAAAAAAAAGAAAAAGAAAACAUUUGUUCCUUGUGGUUGUUUUAUAACCGUAAGAGAGAAAAGGUUGUUUGAACGGGGGAUUUUUUUUAUUUUAUUUUAUUUUAUUUUAUUUCUAUUUUAUUUUUAUUAUUUUUAUUUGGGGGGGGUGCAUGUGAGGAGUGUUAUGUAAGAUGGAGAGACGCUCAUCAUUUCGAUGGGGGAGGGGGAAAUGGUGUCUGCACCUUUUUCUUUUGCUUUCUGAAGGGGGAGACGGAAGGGAGGGAAGGAAAAUCAGGACAGAGAAAUGUCGGCAUGGGCCCCAAUCCUGUGUGAAAGGAGCUCUUGGUGUGUGGUCCAGCUAUUAAAUGUGCAAUGUCUCAAGUAGCUUGUUUGACUCGCUACAGAGCUCAUUUGUAAUCCAUUGUAUAAGCUGUGUAUUUACAAUAUAACACAACCUAUAACUUUUUUCAUUAUAAUACAAAGAUGAUUGCAUGGUUCUGGAGAACUAGAUGCUUUUCCAUUCUUUAAUCAGGACUGCCAUUUCUCUCUCUCUCUCUUUCUCUCUCUCUCUCUCUCUCUCUCUCUCAAUUACAGUUAAAAGCUGUUACAAUGCAAUUGGUUUAAUGUUACGUAACAUACCAAACCCAAAUAGUGUUUUUUUUUUUCCUUUAAUUAUUUUUUACUUUGUCCUGUUGGGUGGAUAAAACCACUGUAGGUUAGAAAUGGAUAUUUAAAAAGAAAACGAAAAAAAAAUGAAAAAAAAAAACUCAUGCAGCUGUUCCCCCCCCUACCCCCUCCAACCCCUUCCUCCUUCUCUUUUAUUUAUGCCUUGAGGUCUAAUUUCUGGUUUUCUACCUGUUAAUGCACUGUUGACCUUAAUAAUGGUGCCUUAUGCAAAUUGAACUUCUCUUUUGAGAGGUCUUAUACAGGGGUAUGAAUGAUAUAUGCUUUAUUAAGGCUCUCUUUUCACCUGACACUUGUACUGUAUCUAAUGUACAUUAUGAAGAGGUGGGAAGAACAUCGUCUGGUGUUCAGGGUGAUCCUCAGCGUUUCCAUGUAGAGAAGCCCCCAUAUAGACAUCUGUACUAAAAAAUCCAUGGCAUAAUCAACCAGUUAUAGCAACGAACGCAUCCCUGGGUCCACCUUUUCACAAGGUUGAUCUUGCACAACCUGUCCCUUUUCUGCGUCCCUCCCCCUUCCCGUUCAAGAAAUUAAAACAAGUCCUCCCCCCCCCCAAAAAAAAGGAAGAAAAAGAAAGAAAACUCUACUCAAGAUGCUGUGUUUUGCUCAUGCAUUUUUUAAAAGUGCACGAGUAACUACAAAAAACUAUUUGCUUGAAAGGCACAAUGUCCACACCUGUAUAUUUAGCUUCCCCUUAAUUAAAAUGGAAAGGAAACAAGAAAAAUAAAAAGCAAAAAAAAAAAAAA